AUGUUUCUUGUCGAAGCAGUCAGAUACCUCCUUCGCCGUGAUGCUUCUCUCGGCUCCGGCCUCCUCCGGGUCACAACGGGCCCCCUUGCAGCGCGGCCAGCAUCCUGGUGGCUUCUUGACUUACUCGCGCUCGCCAAGAUGGCCGCUGAGAGAUGCCCACUAUUGGUCGCUGAAGAGGUCCGAGCGAUGCACGAUGCUCCGCGCUGUGCCACCGCCAUGUGCUCUCGAUCAAACCUUCGCAGCCUUGUUUGCUCACCUGUGGCCGGCUACAAAGGCCGUUGGGCUCCCGGUUGCAAUCAUGGACCGAUUCCGUUUUGUUUUGAAUUCUCUAAUUCUCUUUUGUAUCAAGAUACCCUGACGAUUUUUGUUUUUUUUUUUCCCUUAUUGUCGAUCAUGAAGUUUCUUGUGUCAGUCACAGCCUUUGCGGCUACAGCUGCAGCAGGCACUAUCAGCAUGCCCAAGGCGCGAAGCUCCGGCUCAGAGGGCAAUAGCCACUCACUUUCUGCAUAUCCAGCUGAGUGGGUUGGACCACGACUCCUUAUUAAUACCACUUUUGGCACACCGCCGCAGACCGUUCCCCUCGCCAUCGACACUGGCAGCAGUGAUCUCUGGACCAACAUUGUGGGAGGCCAAUGCCCUGGAAAGGUGGCUUGUCCCCAAUGGGCCGUUAAACAGUCGACAUCCUUCAAGAGGCUGACUAAGAGCGAGCUCGAUGGCAACGACACUUUCGCCAUCAACUACUCAGGUGCUGCGUAUAGCGUUGGUGGUACAAUGGGCAAGGAUACCGUUGGUGUUGCUGGCAUCACUAUCAAAGACCAGAUGAUGGGCCUCGCGGUCACCAACAACGGUUUUGCCUAUGGCUUUCUCGGCCUGGGUUUCAACACAACUGUCAGCACCCGAUUUCGCAAAAAGCCCGCAACCUUCCCCACGGUGCUGGACAACAUGGUUACGCAGGGCAGUAUCAACAGACGCGCCUUCAGCCUGUUCCUCAACGGCACCUCCAAUAUAGGUACCAUUCUGUUUGGUGGCAUUGACAGCGACAAGUACUACGAUAACCUGGCCUCUCUACCAAUGGUCAUCGAUCCCCUGUUUCCCCGGCUACCCAUCGACUACAAUGUCGAAUUGACCGGUGUUGGCAGCCCCAACAUCACCGGCCUCAAGUUGUCCAAAACUGCUGUUGUCCUAGUCGACAGCGGCUCGCCUCAAGUUCGUUUACCAGUAGAGCUGCUUCCCCCCAUCUACAAGCACUUCAACGUCCUCAACAAGAAUACCAGCGCUGAUAUCGGUAACUUUGUCGACUGCGCUGAAGCUAGCAAGUACGAAAACGACUUCCUAGAGUUUGCCUUCAAGGGAAAGACAAUCAGGGUGCCUGGCUCGGCCUUAUUCAAGGACAUUUACGACGCCCCCGGUAUUACUUCUGAGAAAAGCGUGCGUGCGAAGCUAGGCAGUGACGUCGCGAGCUGGAAGAGGGUCUGUCUCUUUGGCAUUUCCUUUCCUAUCCCGGGCACCUCCUUUCUCCUUGGUGAUCCUGUCCUUCGAUAUGCCUACACCGUCUUUGACCAGGACACCAAGACCAUCUCUAUGGCGCAGGCAAAUUUGAACUCCAGAAAGGAAAACGUGGUCGAGAUACCCAAGACGGGCUCUAUCCCCAAGGUCAAGGGCGUUUCUUCUGGCGCCGUCAGCGGCCUUGUCCAGGCCCCCAUUGCCAUGAUGAUUCUCGGCACCGUUGUGGCCUUGUUCGCUUAA